AUCUGUUUGCUGCCGUAUUAUAUCAGAGAUAGAAAGAGAGGUAAAUUUUCAGCAGUUUUUACCAUGACUACUACGGCGCCGCAGAUUCCAGAAAACCCUAUCAAAACCCUAGUUCAAUCCUCCGAUCCAACUCCCACACCUGUUUCCGAACCUCCACCUCAUGAUUCCUCAACUAACGUCGGCGGCGCCAAGGACCAAGCCGAUAAAACGGCUGCGGCUGCGGCUACGGCGGUGGAUAGCUGCUGCGGUAAGGAUAGCGAUAUACAGAAGAAGAUGAAACGAGCUGAGCGGUUUGGAAUGACUGUUCAGCUUUCUGAACAAGAGAAGCGAAACACUCGAGCUGAGAGGUUUGGCACUGCAUCUGCAGCUCAGGGAUCAGAUGCUUUAAAGAAAGCUGAGGAGCAGAAGAGGAAAGCUAGGGCUGAGAGGUUUGGGCUUAAACAAUCUGAUAGUGCUGAUGAGGAAGCUAAGAAGAAGGCUAGAGUGGCAAGGUUUGCACCUCCUGCGAAGGCUGAUCCCGUGGAGGAAGAUAAAAGGAAAGCUAGGGCACUCAGGUUUUCACAGUCCCAGUCUGGUUCCCAGUCACAAGAGAACGGCAAAGAAAAAAUUGAGCAGGAGACUGCUGUGGUUGAGAAGGCUGGAGGAGGAACAUGAACCAUUCUCAAAUUUCGUUCAACAGCCAGACUUGCUUAUGAUGUAUAGCUUAUUGUUGCUGCGCAGUGGUUAGGAGUUUUGUUAAGAGCGACUUUAAAUUCCCCAAGGUUUUGUUUCACCCGUUUUUGGAGUUUUUUGCUUUCUUUUUUCAGUUUGGCAGGUUAGAAUUCUAACUUUUUGCAAGUUCCCCAUUAGUAGGACCAUCCUUCAAAUUAGGGGAAAAUGCUUUUGUUGUUUCUUAGGUUAGCCAGUAGUGCUAGGAUACAUGAACCACAACCUCCUUGGUGUCAAUCUGUCAGAAGUGACCCAUAAACAACAUUUGAAAUCAACUUUUCUUAAAAUAAAAAGGGAAAAAAAAAAGGAAAAUGAGAAAAGGCAAUAUCAGAAAUGAUGAAACUAUAACUUAAAUAUUUCCUACUUGAAACCUUUGAUUUGACGACUUUAUCAUCAGGCUUUCCUUUAUCAAUUUGCGAUUGUUCUUAAACAUUCUUGUGGUUUUACUUUUCACCAAAAAGGAAAAAAAGAGAAAAUGUUGCAUAUUUAGGAUCAACUGGGAAUGUACUGGAUCUUAGAUGUCCACUCUUGUUGGGGUAGGUAUUGCACAAUUUGUUUUAGAUCCAGAUGGUCCUUCAUGACUUGUCAGUAGGAAGUAUAGCAGAUUUUGAAAUUUGAGAAGAUAAGCUUUCAUCCUUCAUGAUGUACUGUCGGCAUCAUAUGUUAUUUCUAGUUUGGCCAUAUUGUUAGUUUGCUUGGCUGUAAGGAAGGUAAGACUAGUGUUUAUGCAUAAUGUGGUUGGUAGUGCAUCUCAGUUUACAUCUCAUGGGUCUCCUGAAUGAUAUUUAGGGUCUUAGAUUUUGUUU